AUGGUGCAUCAACAACCAGCAACAGAGAAUCCUAGCGGCCAAGAUGAACAGGGCGGAAAACCUGUUUUGAUAACCUCGAAGUUGCUUGGUCCUCCUCCUUACGUGCUAGACCCAGAAACGCUGGCCGACUCAUUCAAUCCAUUCCCAUGGAUGAGCGGCAAUUCAUUUCGGCAAGUUGACGAGAAUACGUUGGUCAAAUACGGCGCUGGCGUUACUCUGGUCGAAGCAGAAGCCAUGGACUUUGUCUCUCGCCAGACCAGCGUCAAAUGUCCCCAAGUCCUCGGUGCCUAUAAGCUCGGUGGCACUGCGCAUAUUCUCAUGUCUUUCGAACGUGGAAAGUCAUUGGAGGAAUUCUGGCAAGACGCCGCGGAGAACGAGAAAGAGGCAGUGAUUGGGCAGCUGCAGCACUACCUCAACGAAAUGCGAGGCAUCAAAGGCGACUAUGUGGGUGGCUUCAAUCGCAACUCUUGCGUGGCUGGCGAGUUUGAGUGGGACUUCGACAAGACGGAUCACAAAUAUGGACCGUACGCAGAUGAAGAUGGAUUUAAUCAUGGAAUCGCAGAAGCUCUGUCACGAGCGAGCCCAAAACCCGAUGUGGAGGAUCCCGAUUCCCCGGAGUAUAAUAGGAUGUAUACCACCCAGCAAAUGGUGCACUCCCUUCGUGGCCACGACAUAGUGUUCACACAUGGUGACCUUCACACUGGGAAUAUAAUCGUACAGGAUGAUUUAACUGUGGACGAGAAGGAAAAGGCAAUGUCCGCUCCAGCCGAAGACAAGCAUGCCAUCUCUGUCGUGCUCUGGGGCGGCGACAACCCAAACGACCCGUUGGCAGAUCCAGCCGGCCACGUGGCGCUCGCCGUGCACGCUGACGUCUCGCAGCCCGCCAUCUGCCAUCUUCACCACGCAAGGUGCCCGAACCAGGUGCGAUUCAUAUACGAGACGCGGCCGUCGCAGACCUUCGCCGCGGACCCGGCGCCGCGCGGCCGCUGCGAGCUGCGCGGGGGCUUAAGCGCCGGCGAUGCCCGCGCCGCCAACGACGUCCUAGCCCGCUUCGGCGCCGACGAGACCCAGCUGCCGUUUUACGGCGAGGGCAACUGCCACAACUGGACAGUAGCCGCAAUCGGGGCGCUAGAGGACGCCGGUCUCGCCCAACGGGGCGACGCCGCGGUCUGGGCUGCCCUCAUCGGCAAGGGACCAAGGGCCAUGCAGCGCAGCUGGGUCGACGGGAAUCGGAGGCGGUGGGUGGAUUGCGACGAGUUUGGCCAGGCUCGGUCUGGACCAGUGGAUGCGAGAUGGAGUGAAGGGAGCGAGGAGAAAGCAGUAGCUUCGGCAGUGACAAACGCUGAUACCGGCAAUCUCAAGGAUCGUGUGGCUAAAUUACAAAAGUUGCUGGGCGGUGAACAUAGGUCGCUCAGAAUCGCGCAGAAUGGAAGUCAGUUGCUCAUAAACGAUAUGUGUCCAUAA